AUGUCGGACUCGGAGAAAAACCCUAUAGCCAAGCCGUCGUCCGUGGCCCCUACCAAGAUGGCCUCUCAUUCUCACAAGCCUAGUGAGGCUACACUCGUCGAUAACGAGGUUUUCCUUGAAAAGAAAGGCCAUGCUCACAAGCCCAGCGAGGCUACCCUCAUCGAUGAACAAAUAGCUCGGCCAGCUGCUGUCGCAAGAGUGAUCAAUCACUCUUCCCGGCCCAGCGAAGUAACUUUGAUCAAUGGCGAGUCUCCAUUGGUGCUCGAGAAGUCCUCGAAGGCGAUGUUGUCGUCUGACCUCGAGUCUCCGGACGACCUCGAGGCCCAGACACCUUUACCAAAGCCCAAGCGCUUGGCGUGGUUGCGGUAUGCCAUCAUGACAAUCUAUAGACGACUUUUCAGCUUGGUUUUCUUGGCCAACAUUGGUGUGUUCGUGUAUGUGAUGAUUUCUAACCGCAAACUUACUGCCUUGGUGAAUGCAGCUGCGGCCAAUUUGCUAGCCUGCGGUCUGGCCCGCCAGCCACUGGUGGUGAACACGAUCUUCAAAGUUGUGCUCUCGGUGCCAAGAUCGGCACCAUACGCUCUGCGCAAAUGGCUGUCCAAGGUCUAUCACUAUGGUGGGGUGCAUAGCGGCUGUGGUAUUACGGCGUUGGUGUGGUACAUCGGUUUUGUCGGUCUGAUGUCGCAUCAGUACUGGUCACCAUCAGCAGCCAUUAAAUUCUCAGCCGCACCUGUUGCAGUCGCCUACAUCAUCCUUGUUCUGUUGACGACGAUAGCCGUUGUGGCCCACCCCAAGUUCCGCAUGAAGCUUCAUGACUAUUUCGAACUCACCCACCGUUUCCUCGGGUGGCUCGUUAUUGCGUUGUUUGUAGUCCUUUUGAUGCUCUUCGCUCACGAGAUCAGCCGAGCCCAGGGCCAAUCAAUGGGUCGCUUUGUUGUCGAGCUCCCGGCCUUUUGGUUCUUGAUGGUCGUCGUUGCCGCCAUCAUUCAUCCAUGGUUGCUGUUGCGGAAAGUCACGGUGCGGGCCGAGCCCCUCUCCACCCAUGCGGUGCGUCUGCACUUCGACCACACCACCACCACCUUUGGCAAGGGCACUUCCCUGUCCAAGCAUCCGCUGCGCGACUGGCAUGGGUUUGCAACGUUCCCGGACCCUGCCCCGGCCGGUGCAAAUGGAAAGCCAUCGUUCUCCGUCUUGGUAUCCAAGGCCGGAGAUUGGACCUCUGACACAAUCAAUAACCCUCCCAGCCGUCUGUAUAAGCGCGGAGUACUGAUUUAUGGUUUUGCGUAUGCCAUGCGAGUCUUCAAGCGAGUGAUCGUGGUGACAACAGGGUCUGGCAUCGGUCCCUGUCUUUCGUUCUUGGGUGACGACAACCGACCAGCUCUGCGUGUCCUCUGGCAGACGCGGGCGCCGCUGAAGACGUACGGUCAAGGGGUGCUGGAUCUGGUCCACAAGAUGGAUGCCAAUCCAAUCAUCAUGGACACUAAUGUCACAGGCCGCGUGAACAUGGUGCCUAUCGUGCAGCGACAGAUCCAAGAGUUUGAGGCCGAAGCGGUGUGCGUGAUCAGUAACCCUGUGCUGACCGCGAAGAUUGUGUAUGAACUCGAGUCGCGAGGGAUCCCGGCGUUUGGUCCGAUUUUUGAUUCCUGA